GGUGUCAUCAAAUGUGCUCUAACCUCGAAAAGAAGCAGUGAUCUGAUCUGAUGCAAUUCGCCUGGUUCUUAUAGGAAAGGAAUUAAAAGGAUAAAAAUGCCGACGAUUGGUGUUAAGAGGGACGUGCUGUUCAAAUCCUUGGGCAAAACAUACACUGAUGAUGAGUUCCAAAUGUUAUGCUUCGAGUUCGGAUUGGAACUGGACGAAGUCACUACAGAGAAACAGAUGAUCAGCAAAGAGCAGGGGGAUGAUGCUGAAACUUUGAAAGGCGCUUCAGAGGAUGUUAUUUAUAGAAUUGACAUUCCAGCAAAUAGAUAUGAUUUGCUGUGCCUUGAGGGACUCACCAUGGGUCUCUUGGUUUUCCAAAGAAAAAUGGAAAUCCCAAAUUUUAAGGCAAUUAAGCCAGCAGAAGGAUGCGUGCAGCGAUUGAUCAUAAAACCGGACACGGCGAAGAUCCGACCAUUCGCUGUGGCUGCAAUUCUCAGGAACAUGUACUUCACGCAGGAUUCGUACAACAGUUUCAUAGAUCUGCAGGAUAAGCUCCACCAGAAUAUAUGCAGGAAGCGCUCUCUAGUCGCCAUCGGAACGCACGACUUGGACACGAUCGAAGGUCCUUUCGUCUACGAUGCGAAACCACCGAGCGACAUCAAAUUCAUGCCACUGAAUCAGACCAAAGAAUUUACCGCCGUCGAACUCAUGGAUCACUAUUCAACGCAUCCGCAGCUGAAGCAAUAUUUGCAUAUAAUCAAAGACAGUCCGGUGUAUCCGGUUAUCAGUGAUAACAAGGGAAGGAUUUUAUCCAUGCCGCCCAUUAUCAACGGAGACCAUUCGAAGAUCAGUUUGAACACUAAGAAUGUUUUCAUCGAAUGCACCGCAACUGAUUUGACGAAGGCCAAGGUCGUUCUGGAUACGAUCGUGUGCAUGUUCAGCCAGUACUGCACCGACAAAUACAGCGUGGAAUAUUGCGAAGUCGAGUAUCCCGAUGGUAACGUUCGAUUGUGCCCGGAUUUGGAAUACAGGGAGGAAGUUGUUAAAGUCGAUGAAGUCAAUAAAUCAAUUGGAAUCAGUAAACCUGGUAAGGAUUUGGCCGAUCUCCUGUCGAAGAUGUGUUUGCAGUCCGAGUUAUUGGAGGGUAAGGAGGACAUCAAAGUUGUGGUACCACCCACCAGGCAUGACGUGAUUCACGCGUGCGACAUCAUCGAAGAUGUUGCCAUCGCUUACGGCUACAACAACAUCGUCAGGACUCUGCCGUCCACGAACACCAUCGGCCAACAAUACCCGAUUAACAAGUUAUCCGAUCUGCUGCGCCAUCCAAUUGCGGAGGCUGGAUUCACAGAGGCUUUAACUUUCUCUUUGUGCUCCAAGGAUGAUAUCUCGAGCAAGAUCGGAAAGAAAAUCGAAGAUGUUCCGGCCGUGCACAUCUCCAACCCGAAGACGUUGGAGUUCCAGGUCUGUCGGACGACCCUUCUUCCCGGUUUACUGAAAACCAUCGCCGCCAAUAAGAAUAUGCCGCUGCCGGUCAAGGUUUUCGAAAUCUCCGACGUCGUCCUGAAGGAUGAGAAUACCGAGGUUGGUGCUAGAAACGAAAGGAGGAUUUGUGCGGUCAACUGCAAUCGCACCGCCGGUUUCGAGAUUGUCCAUGGUUUGCUGGAUAGGAUUAUGGUCCUCUUGGAAGUUCCAUGGAAUGCGAAGGGCAAAGGAUCGUAUGGUUACUACUUGAGGGCAGCCGAAGAUUGCGGAUAUUUCCCUGGAAGAUGCGCCGAGAUCGUCGCCAACGGUCAGGUCAUCGGCAAGAUCGGUGUCUUGCAUCCCGAAGUUCUUGUAAAGUUCGAGCUGAGCAAGCCUUGCGCCUGCUUCGAGAUCAACAUCGAACCAUUCCUGUAACUCGCGAACGCUUAAACCAAUGUUAACUUAAAUUUAUAUUAAAAAAAA